AUGGACUGGGAAGCCAACCUGGCUGCCAUCAUCAAGUGCACGGACGCCAGUCUCGCACAGCAAUUCCGCGAGUUUGAGGACGUCACAGCCGAGUUUACAGCGGUCGACGAAGCUCCCGCAGCCUGCGACCCCAGCAGCGACAAUGUAGCAGUGAAUUACCUGCGCGAUACCAUGGCGACAGAGUAUCGUCAUCGUCAAAAGCAGGAAAAACAACACGCUCAACCGCAAACACCGUCGUAUUCCCGUGUAUCUGGAGCGUUUGCAGCAGCAUCUGCGGCUCCAGGGACCACGUUUUCAGAGCAUUUCCAUCGUCGACAGGAGCGUAAGCGUGGAGCUUCAGUGGCAGGAAGACCGAGAGACAACCAGCGAGCGCACACUCGUGCGCAUCAGCAAAUGUACUCGUCUCCGACAUACGACGUGGCGCAGAUGAUGGAGCAGGUGCGAUUGAGCUUGAAGCUCGAGGUGGAUGCCCGUGCUGCGAUCGCUGAGCGCCAAUUGAGUGCGCUCUUGCAGCUGUGUAAGGCCACGUCGGAGGAGCUUGACAGACUUCGAGUUGAGGUCUGUGCGAACGACCGUCAGCUCCAUACGUUGGAUCAAGUGCAGUCAAAGAUACGACAGGAACUAACGACGCAAAAGGACAUCGGCUUCCACUUACAGUCCAUGUGUGGCAAGGACGAGUCGUGGCGUAUGCAGACGGAGAAUCAAUUAUUAGAGCUACGCCAAAUGACGGCUGCGUUACGUGAGCAGGGGAAUUCUACACAGGCGGUGGCACAGGAGAAGCUGUCGAGGUUGGAGCUACUCGUGCAGUUCAAUGCUGCCAUGGAACCUAUUAAAGCGCAGCUGCAGGCGAAUCUGCAGCACCAGGCUCAACAGAUCGCCGAGAUCACGCGCUCUACGAGCUCUUCGAGUCUGUUGCUCGAUGGGCUCUCGCAAAAAGUGAACCGAGGUAUUACGGAAGAACUCAACGAGUUACGCAGCGACCUUCACGCUCUAAAACACCACGUUGCUAAACUGGACAUUUUUCAGGACACGAUUUGUCGCUAG